CGGCCGUAUCCGGACUCCCGCGGCGAGCCGGGCGGUAGACCGCUGCCGGACGGCCGCGGCGAGCUCAGAGGCCGGCACUUCCCGGAGGGUCGCGGCGAGUUUGGCGGGAGGCCGUUCACAGACGGCCGCGGCGAUUUUGGUGGCAGGCCUUUCUCGGAUGGCCGCGGCCGUCGCCGGGACAGAUUUGAUGGAGAUCCUCCCAGAGGGGAUGAGAUAGGACCUCCAGCUAAACGGCGCAUUACAGAGGAAGCCAAUGGCAGGAUCGGCAUCAAGGUCAUCGGGCCCCGACUGAAGAGGGCAAGUGUCAGUGAUGAGGAGCCGGAGCCCAGGCCGUCCGUGCCAUCGCACGUGAUCCCCGGGCCACGACCGGCCGGCGCGCGCGAGCCGCCCGACCCGGCCGACGACGGCCGCUCCCGCCAGGCGGCGCUGCAGGAGCGCAAGUCCGACAAGGAGAACAUCGGCAGGAGCCGGCGCAUGUUCGGCGCCCUGCUCGGCACACUGCAGCGCUUCCGACGCGACGAGGUCAAGCAGAAGGACAAGGUGGAGAAGCGGGCCGAGAUCGAGCGGCGCCUGGAGGACGCCGCCCGGCGAGAGAAAGCCCAGCUACGCCAGCAGCGCUCGGACAUGUUCGCAGAGCGGAAGCGCAAGCAGCAAGAGGUGCGGCUCAUCGAGCUGAAGAUGGCCCGCGUCAAGGAGGAGGAAGGCUGGGAAAACCAUCACAAGCGGCUGAUGAACUUCAUCCGCACGUCGGGCAAGGGCCCGAACAUCUUCUUCCUGCCAAAGCUGCCGCACCCGAACUCAGACGCGCUUCUGGUGCGCACACAGAAGGAGCUGGCCAAAUCGAUUGAGGAGCGCCGCCGCAAGCUGCAGGACGACCUGGCGCUGUUUGACGCUCGACUGCACCGGCUGCAGGACCCGGGCGCCGCCGCCGCCGCCGCGCCGGACGGCGGCGGCGACCAUUACGAUGACGAUCAGGAGGACGAGGACGAGGAUGAGGAGAGUGCCACCGCCGGCGUUGUCAGCUCCGUGGUUGUGCCCCGCGGAGCCGGCGCCGAACAGCAGACCUCGCAGCGGCAGGACGACGAGAACCCUCCUGAGCACGAGGAUGGUCGUCCUGAGCUUGAGGAAGACAUGGAGGAGGAUAGUCGACCUAAGCAAAGACAGGAUGUGGGUCGACGCCCGAAGUCGGAAAAAGGGGAGCGUUCUCCGGACCCUGAGAAGGAGGACAACGGCGGUCACUCCGAGUCAGAGGAACACCGAGACGAACCGAUGGAGGACGGCCGUGCGGAGCGGAUGGAAGAGGCAGAUGGCGCUGAGACGACAGAGGCAGACGGCCACCGCGGUCAGAAGGAAGGUUCCGGCGGCCGGCGGGUCGGCCCGGAGCCGGCGCGCCGCCGCUCGGCCAGAAGUCCUACCCCCGAGCCGACAGCUGAAGGUGCGGUUGCCGCCGAGCCGGCAGCGCCCGGCGACGAGGCCCAGUCGACCGUCGGCGCUGACGAACCGGCGGCGGCGGCGGCGGCCGUCACCGCCGACAACGCUGAGCCGACGGACAAAGGGGCGCUUCCGGCCGGCGCCGGCGACUCGCCCGGCUCGCAGUCGGAGUUGGCAGCGACGGUCGCCACCGACGAGGCAGAAGCGGCGCCGGUGGCGAAGAAGGAGCCGGGUGCCGCGGACAAGUCGGGCGGCCGCCGGGACGGCCGAGAGGCGCGAGCGACGAGCGGUGGCCGCGAAGGCAAGGGCGGCGACGCGGCGCGGCGGCGGCGCGGCGGCUCGUCGGACGGCCGGCGGCCCGACCGGCGCGAGGAUAGGCGACCGGCGAAGACGGGCGGCCGGCGCCAGGGCAGGGAAGCCCGCCAGGAGAGCAGACAUGCCAGCACGGAGCGACGCCGCGAGACCGGCAGCGGCCGGCGCCGGGACAGGUCUCCGGCGGAGCGGGCCGGCCGCGGUGCCACGCGCGCCUCCCGGCCGGCGGCGCCCCGCCGCUCCCACUCGGCAUCCAGUAGCUCGAGCAGCAGCAGCGGCAGUGGCAGCGGCUCACAUUCGGACUAGUCGACCGUGGGCCGUAGACCAGCAGCCUGUGCUGCCGGCCCGGCGUCAGCGCCACUCAGCUGGUCACGUGCCGUGGUUGCUGACGGGCGUGUUUGUGUGUGUGUGUGUUUGUGUGUGUGUGUGUGUGUGUGUGUGUGUGCUUAUGCGCGCAUGUUGUGUGUCUGUUUGUACGAAGAGGAGUGCAGAAUAUUUGCCAGCAGGCGCAUAUGUUUCUUGUCAUCGGCAGUGUUGCUGAAGAAACGUGUGCGUGGCUGUUUAUCGUGUAUUCAUCUGUCUGUCCGCACUGCUUGGGGUCCCUUCUUUGCCCUUGCCGUCGCUACGGACUGAAGCCCCGUAAACGGGCACCACGCGCUUGGAAAGUGUCCAGCACCGGCGGCGGUCAGCUGGUCACGAACGGCGCGGCUGUGUCCAGUCAAUACCGCCGAGGGUUCCUCGAGGAUCCCCAGCACAGCUGCACGCCGCCCCCUCUGGUGGAGCCGGGACUCGCGGUCGCGUUUGUUCGCUGACCUCGACGUCGGCUGGCGGCGGCUCGCGCGUAGUGCGUGACGCUUUUGGUCGGUUCAUUCAUCAGUUGAUAGCUGGACGUUGUUCGUGUAUGCGUCCGGGAGCGGGGUGGCGCCCUGGCGCGCCGACCAUGCGUCAAUACCAGGAUGGCCUGGAGUCGUCCCACGCCGGCAGCGCUGCGGCGACAUCACCAGCUCCAGCGACGAGCCGUCACCGUGGCGCGCCGACCAUGCGUCAACACCAGGAUGGUCUGGAGUCGUCCCACGCCGGCAGCGCUGCGGCGACAUCCCCAGCUCCAGCGGCGAGCCGUCACCGUGGCGCGCCGACCAUGCGUCAACGCCAGGAUGGCCUGGAGUUGUCCCACGCCGGCAGCGCUGCGGCGACAUCACCAGCUCCAGCGACGAGCCGUCACCAUGGCGCGCCGACCAUGCGUCAACACCAGGAUGGCCUGGAGUCGUCCCACGCCGGCAGCGCUGUGGCGACGUCACCAGCUCCAGCGACGAGCCGUCGCCGGGAGGAGCACCGGGGGCUCUGCUGACUGUAGUCGGAGCUCCAGUGACUCAGGAACUCGGGUGACGUCGCGGUGGAAGGGCGUCCGCUGACUCGUGUGCUCCGCCGGAUGGUGUCGCGUCACGUGACCCUGCGCCGGGGGCGGUGCGCGCCCAUCGGUAUGGUCGCGGCGUCGACCUCCGUCGAGCUGCAUCGGACCGGGCGCCGUGUGUGGACAUGCCAUCUUCGUAGGCGCCGAGUGUCAAGACCGUCUUCUGUGGUGAAUAAACAUGGAUGACAUCCA